UUGCGCUGUGCGGUUCGUUGCGGCUGCUUCGUUGUUUUGUCGCCAAUUCGCUUUGUGGCUCUUAUGUCGUGCACAUCGUUCGGUCGUGUCGCGCGUCGCUUUGAAAUUUUUGUAGCCCACAUCACGAGCAGCAAAUGCAAAACGCACAAAUUUCAAUCAAUCAACCAAAAAUUUGAAUACGAAUUAAAGCAUGUUCAGUGUGUAAGAAGAAGAAGCAAAGCUGCCAAUUCUCAAUUUUCACAUCAAUAUUAAAUUUUGGUAGCCAAAAUUACAAAAAGUGCAUGAACAAAUCAAAAAUAGUUUUUCAAAUUGUUUUUUAAAAAAGCAUCAACAUCAACCUAAGGCAAAUACAAUUUUUGUUUUGCAUGUGUACGUGUGUGUCCAUAUAGCUCGAUUGAGUGCGAUUUUUAUAUAGCCAAUUUACUAGCGGCACUUUGCCCUCCCCAUCUCGCCCCCGCCGUGCGUGAGAAGGAGCAGGCCGAAGAAAAUUCGCCAAAAAGAAAAAGCCGUCGAAUUCUUGUCUCACAACAAAAAAGAAAGAAAAAAUGUGGCGCGUGCACGUGUGAGACAAAUUAAAAAAAAAAAAAAAAGAAACACAAAAACAACAACAACAACAACAACACAACAAAAUGCACACAAAAGCAACACAAAAUUGCCAAAGCAUGUGCCGCAGUUAGCUGCAAAAGAGAAUUUCCAAAAAUACAAUAAACUACUAUUUUUUAUGUUGUAAUCGAGUGUGUGCGUGUGAGUGAAGCAGCAACAACAACAAGGCCGCCCCACUAAGGAUUAUUACACUAAUAAUAACACACACAACACAACAACCACAGCAACAACAACGGCAGCAGCAUUUUGUUUAUUACAACAAGAAAGCGUAGCAACAACAACAGCAAUAAACAUGCAGUGGAUUAAAUGUUUAUUAACCGCAUUCAUUUGCUUCACAGUAAUUGUGCAGGUUCACAGUUCCGGCAAUUUUGAAUUGCGCCUCAGAUACUUCAGCAACGAGCAUGGCCGGGACAACGAGGGCCAUUGCUGCACCGGCGAAAAGGAUGCGACGACGGGCAAGUGCAUUGGCACCUGCAAGACGAGAUUUCGGGUCUGCCUGAAGCACUACCAGGCGACCAUAGACACCACCUCGCAGUGCACGUACGGGGAUGUGGUGACCCCGAUACUCGGCGAGAACUCCUUCAAUCUGUCGGAUGCGCAGAGCUUUCAGAGCAGGGGCUUCACGAAUCCCAUACAGUUCGCCUUCAACUUUGCCUGGCCGGGCACAUUCACGCUGAUCGUCGAGGCCUGGCACGAUACGAACAACAGCGCCAAUGCGCGCACCAACAAUCUGCUCAUACAACGCCUCUCCGUGCAGCAAGUGCUCGAGGUCUCGUCCGAAUGGAAGACGAACAAAUCCGAGUCCCAAUACACGUCGCUCGAAUACGAUUUCCGUGUCACCUGCGAUGCGCAUUAUUAUGGCACCGGCUGUGCGAAUCUCUGCCGACCCCGUGACGAUCAAUUCGGACACUACACAUGCUCCGAAUCGGGUGAAAUAAUCUGCCUGACGGGAUGGCAGGGCGACUACUGCGAGAAACCCAAAUGCGCCAAAGGCUGUCUCCAUGGUCAGUGCGAUAAGCCCAAUCAAUGCAUCUGCCAGAAGGGCUGGCGAGGACCGCUGUGCGAUGAGUGCGCUCCGUACCCGAGCUGCGUGCACGGCACGUGCAACAAGCCAUGGGACUGCAUCUGCAACGAGGGCUGGGGCGGUUUGUUCUGCAAUCAGGACCUGAACUACUGCACGAAUCAUCGGCCCUGCCUGAAUGGCGGCACCUGCUUCAAUACCGGCCAAGGACUGUACACGUGCAUGUGUGCGCCAGGAUAUAGCGGCAACGAUUGCCAGACGGAGAUCAACUCGUGCGAUUCCGAUGUGAAUCCUUGCCAGAACGGCGGCACCUGCGUCAACGAGAAGACGGAGCGCGGCUACAAGUGCCUCUGCCCCAAGGGCUGGAACGGACGCAUGUGCGAGGACAAGCUGCUGACCUGCGCCGACAAGCCGUGCCACCAGGGCAGGUGCCGCAACACGAGCGGCAACAGCAAGCAGGGGUUUCAGUGCGACUGCCCCAGCGGCUACAGCGGCAGCACCUGCGAGCUGCAUUUAGACAACUGCAAUCCGAAUCCGUGCCAGAACGGCGCCAGCUGCCAGCCGAACGGCAAAUGCAUCUGCCCCGACGGUUACACGGGCGCCAAGUGCGAGCAUAACAUCGAUGACUGUGUGGGGCACAAGUGCCAGAAUGGCGGCACCUGCAUCGACAUGCUCAACCAGUAUCGCUGCCAGUGCGUGCCCGGCUUCCACGGGCCGAGCUGCAGCAGCCGGGUCGAUCUCUGCCUGACCAAGCCGUGCGCCAACGGCGGCAGCUGCACCAAUCUGAGCAACGACUAUCAGUGCGCGUGUCGUGCGGGCUUCACCGGCAAGGACUGCUCCAUCGACAUCGACGAGUGCGGCAGCCUGCCCUGCCACAACGGCGGCACCUGCAUGAAUCGCGUCAACAGCUUCGAGUGCGUCUGCGCCAACGGCUUCCGCGGCAAGCAGUGCGACGAGGAGUCCUACGACUCGGUCAGCUUCGAUGCCCACCAAUAUGGCGCCACGACGCAAGCGAGCGCCGACGGCCUCACCAAUGCCCAGGUCGUGCUCAUUGCCAUCUUCUCCGUGGCCAUGCCGCUUGUCGCUGUGAUCGCCGCCUGCGUUGUCUUCUGCAUGAAGCGCAAGCGCAAGCGCGCCCAGGAAAAGGACGACGCCGAGGCACGCAAACAGAACGAACAGAACGCGGUCGCCACGCUCCAUCACAAUGGCAGCGGCGUCGGCGUGGGCGUGGGCGUCGGCGGUCUGCCCGUCGGCACGCUGGGCGUGAAGCGCGGCAGCAGCGGCGGACUGACCUUCGACAACAGCAAUCCCAACAUCAUCAAGAACACGUGGGACAAGUCGGUCAACAACAUCUGCGCCUCGGCCGCUGCAGCUGCUGCGGCUGCGGCUGCCGCCGACGAGUGCCGCAUGUAUUCCGGGGCGUUGGCCAACUAUGCCGCCGCCGCGGACAACAAUGCCAAUUCCGAGUUCUGCGGCGUCGGCCAGAUAACGCCGCUGCAGCGCGCCAAGUCGCAGAAGCAGCUCAAUACGGAUCCCACGCUAAUGCAUCGCGCCUCCCAGCUGCUCUCCGCGAACGCUGGAGCCGCCGGAGCGGCAGCAGCAGCAAAUGCUGGCUCAACCAAAGACUACAGCGCGUCAGGCGCUGGAACGGGCGCCAGCGAGGGCAAGGGCAAGCGCAUCUCGGUGCUGGGCGAGGGCUCCUACUGCAGCCAGCGCUGGCCCUCCUUGGCCGCGGCAGGUGUCGCCGGCGCCUGCUCCUCGCAGCUGAUGGCCGCCGCCUCGGCGACGGGCAGCGGUGCGGCGACGACGCAGCGCACAGUGGUCUGCGGUACGCCGCACAUGUAAACAAAGACUGCCAGGACAGCGAGACAGAGUGAAAAAGAGAGAGAGAGAGAGAGAGAGAGAGACGCCAAAUGAGCCUUUUAUGGCUUUGUUGUUGAUUGAAGCAGUGCAGUCGUCAAAAUUGUAACAGGCUUAACUCUACACACACCCACACCCAAACACAAACACACCCACACACAAGCACAAACACACACACACACACUUAUCGAUCAAUUUUAAAACCUUAUAUCGUAAUUAUUAAUUUAACAUUUUAGUUUCACAUGGACUGACGUAAGCAUAAAGUUCUCAAUGUAUAUAAAACUAAAUAUAUAUAUAUAUAUAUAUAAAUUAUGCGUAUAUAUAUAUAAAAAGCUACUCAAGAAAAUCAAUUGUUUUUCAAAACUCUGCCUUCGACUAAAACUCUCCACACUUGACGAUGGCAACGGCGCCGGGCUGCGGCUCGCAGCUGAGAAAAGAGAAAGCGCUGGCAGCCACGAGAAAUUCUAUACUGGACGAAAACAAACUCUAUAUAUACAUAUACAUAUAUAUAUACUGACGUUUUGCAUGUUACUGAAAAAUCUGCUUCAAUUAUUAUUAUUAAUAUUAUUAUUAUUAUCUUCACUUAGUUGCGAUAAAUUGUAAAUACUACUUAACGCAAAGAACUCUAGCGCAUAAUUAGCAAUUAAUCUAGAGCCUAAGUUAAAUACAAAAAUUCCUCAUUGACGCUGCAUGGUCGACCGACUUGUCCACUUGUCUAUGCAAAGUAGUGCACAAGCAUUUUGUAUAUAGUAUCUAUAGGUAAACUCUGAUAUACGACAAACACACACACAGAACAAAACAAAAUAAUAAAAACAAAAAAGCAAAAAAAUACAAAAAAAAAUAAUUGACUAUCUCGCGCUCUAUUUUUAGUGUCUAAAAUAUAUGCAUCAAGUAUGACUAAAAUUUAACUCUAGCUUAAUUACAUUAUCUAAAAGCCCUACACAGACAAACAAACAAACAAACAAACGAAGACAAACAACAACAUUUAGUGAUUCUAUUAUAAGUGCUUAAUUUUUACACUAUAUACACCUUUUAUUUCAUCUUAUUUUUUUUAACUUUUUGUAUUAUUUUUGGCAUUUUUUUUUUUUAAUUUGGAGAAAUUAUAGAAAAGAAGUCAACAAUAUUUAUAGUUAAUAACUAACUGUUAACGGAAUGUAUUGAAUUUAUAAAUCUUAAGCGUAAAUUUAUUUGAUACAAAAUGAAAAAAAGAAAAAACCAGACAAAAUUGAAUGAAAUAUACAAAAUACAAAAACAUUUAUAUAAUAUAUGCGUGCGUAUGUUUGAAAGUCUACAGAACAGUAUAGUCUUAUUAUUAUUUCCUCUGUUGUUACACAGCAGAAAGAAAAAUACUAAAAAAAAAAAAAAAUUUACAUUUAAUUUUGAUCUCAAAACCAUUUAACAAACAAUGUGUAGUAUGCAAGUAUGA